UCUAUAUUUAACGUAUAUAUACAUAUAUAUAUAUAUAUAUAUAUUAGUUCCUGUACUAUAAUCUACUUGCAAUUCUGAUAUUUACGUCAGAGUACUCAUCGGUAAUCACCAUCUCUGUCUUCAGUAGUGUCGAAUUUCGAGGUUCAUCAAUUUGUUGACAUUUAUUUAUUUUUUUUUCGUUGAGUACUGAGUCCUUAGUCCCCUAGCGAAGAUCACAGUUAAGAAGUAGUGGUACCAGCCAUAAAAUAAAUACCAAUACGAAUACGAAUACGAACACGAACACGAACAAAUUAGAAGAUUCUUAUAACUUAAUUGUCAUAGUCAUAGUCAUUGUUUAUUAGUAUUAGUAUUAGCAUUGUUAUUAUAGUUGUAUAACACCAUGGAAUCCAUUCUCGAUUUUUCAAAGGAUCUAGAUUUGGUAGUAUUCGAUAAAGUGGUUGAUUCAUUUUAUUCUGGUAGUGGAGAAGAACAAAAGAAAGCUCAACUUGUUUUGAAUGAAUUUCAAGAGAAUCCUGAAUCUUGGAAACGAGCUGAUCAAAUAUUAUCAAAUUCAACUAAUUCUCAAUCAAAAUAUAUUGCUUUAUCAUGUUUAAAUAAAUUAAUUCAAUAUAGAUGGAAAACUGUUGUAGAAAAUGAAAGAAUUGGAAUUAGAAAUUUCAUUGUUAAUAUGAUUAUUGGAUUAUGUGAUAAUGAAAAGAUUUUUGAAACUCAACGAGCUUUAAUUAAUAAAAUUGAUUUAACUUUAGUAUCAAUUUUAAAACAAGAAUGGCCUCAUAAUUGGCCUCAAUUUAUACCUGAAAUUGUUUUAAGUUCAAGAUCUUCAUUUAAUGUUUGUGAAAAUAAUAUGAUUAUUUUAAAAUUAUUAAGUGAAGAAGUAUUUGAUUAUAGUCAAGAUCAAUUAACUCAAGCAAAAGCUCAACAAUUAAAAUCUUCAAUGAAAGCAGAAUUUGAAGAAAUUUUUAAAUUAUGUUAUGAAGUAUUAGAUAAAACAACUAAACCUUCACUUAUUAUUGCAACUUUAAAUGCUUUACUUAGAUAUAUUCCUUGGAUUCCAAUGAAUUAUAUAUUUCAAACUGAUUUAUUAAAAUUAUUAGCAACUAAAUUUUUAAGUCCACCAGAUACAAGAACUGUUGCAUUAAAAUGUUUAACUGAAAUUGCCAAUUUACAUUCUCCAGAAAAUGAAGAAAAAUUUGUAAUAUUCUUUAAAGAUGCCAUGCAAGAAAUUUAUAGUAUUAUACCAUCAUCAACAAAUUUAAAGGAAUCAUAUAAAAUUGCUAGUUCAAAUGAUCAAUCAUUUUUACAAGAUUUUGCCAUGUUUUUAUGUACCUUUUUAAGUAAUCAUUUAUCACCAUUAGAAUCAAGUGAAUCCUUACGAGAAUUAUUAUUAAAUUCAUUAUUUUAUUUACUUGAAUUAUCAAGAAUUGAUGAACGAGAAUUAUUUAAAACUUGUUUAGAUUUUUGGAGUUCAUUUGUUCAUUCAUUAUUUUUAGAAAUUCAAAAUAUUCCCAGAAAUGAAUUAAGUCCUUUAUUACAAUUAACUUAUGGUAGUCAAAUUAGAGGUUCAACAUCUGGUGGAGCCCCUAAUCCGGCAGUAUUAGCAAAAUUCCCAUUAAGACAACAUAAAUAUGAAAAAGUCUUGAGUAAAUUAAGAUUAGUUAUAAUUGAAAAUAUGGUAAGACCAGAAGAAGUUUUAAUUGUAGAAAAUGAUGAAGGAGAAAUUGUUCGAGAAUUUGUUAAAGAAAGUGAUACAAUUCAAUUAUAUAAAUCUAUGAGAGAAGUAUUAGUUUAUUUAACUCAUCUUAAUGUAGUUGAUACUGAACAAAUUAUGAGUGAAAAAUUAGCUAGACAAAUUGAUGAAAGUGAAUGGUCAUGGCAAAAUAUUAAUACAUUAUGUUGGGCAAUUGGUUCAAUUUCUGGAGCUAUGAAUGAAGAUAUGGAAAAGAAAUUUGUUGUAUCAGUUAUUAAAGAUUUAUUAUCAUUAACAGAAAUGAAAAGAGGUAAAGAUAAUAAAGCAGUAGUAGCUUCAAAUAUUAUGUAUAUUGUUGGACAAUAUCCUCGAUUCUUAAAGGCUCAUUGGAAAUUUUUAAAGACCGUAGUUAAUAAAUUAUUUGAAUUUAUGCAUGAAACUCAUGAAGGAGUUCAAGAUAUGGCUUGUGAUACAUUUAUUAAAAUUACUACUAAAUGUAAAAAGCAUUUUGUAGCACUUCAACCUCAAGAAAGAGAACCAUUUAUUAAUGAAAUUAUUGCCAAUAUUCAAUCAAUAACUGAAGAUUUACAACCUCAACAAGUUCAUACAUUUUAUGAAGCUUGUGGAAUUAUUGUUAGUGCUCAAUCUCAAAAGGAAAGUAGAGAUAAAUUAUUAAAUGCAUUAAUGGCUUUACCAAAUAUGGCAUGGAGUGCAAUUGUUCAACAAGCCGGUCAAGAUCCUCAAUUAUUAACUAAUACUGAAACAGUUAAAAUUAUUGCUAAUAUUAUUAAAACUAAUGUGGCAGUUUGUAAAGCUUUAGGUCCAGGAUUUUAUCCUCAAUUAGGGUUGAUGUAUGUUGAUAUGUUAUCAUUAUAUAAAGCUGUAUCAUCAAUGAUAUCUGAUUCUGUUGCUAAAGAAGGUUUAAUUUCUACCAAGACUCCUAAAGUUAGAGGGUUAAGAACUAUUAAAAAGGAAAUUUUAAAGAUGAUUGAAACUUAUAUAAAUCAAGCAGAUAAUUUAGAAGAAAUUGUUCGAGAUUUAUCUCAACCAUUAUUUGCUGCUGUAUUAGAUGAUUAUAGUAGUAAUGUACCUGAUGCAAGAGAUGCAGAAGUAUUAAAUUGUAUGACAGCAUUAGUUGGUAAAGUUGGACAUUUAAUUCCUGAAGGAGUAGUAUUAAUUUUACAAAGUGUAUUCGAAUGUACUUUAGAUAUGAUUAAAAAUGAUUUUAUUGAAUAUCCUGAACAUCGAGUUGAAUUUUAUAAAUUAUUAAAAGAGAUUAAUGCUAAAUCUUUCCAAGCUUUAUUACAAUUAUCUGGUGAUGCAUUCCAAUCAUUAAUUAAUGCAGCUAUAUGGGCUUUUAAACAUAAUAAUCGUGAUGUUGAAGAUAAUGGAUUAUCAUUAACUUUAGAAUUAUUAGUUAAUGUUGAAAAAUUAGGUGAUACUCCAUUUACUAAAGCAUUUUUUGAAAACUUUUAUUUCCAAAUCUUAUCCGAUACUUUCUAUGUAUUUACUCAACCUGAUCAUAAAGCCGGAUUUAUUUAUCAAGCUCAACUUUUAGCUAAAUUAAUUCAUUUGGUUGAGGAUAAUAUUAUUAAAUAUCCAUUAUAUACUGCAGAACAAGCAGCUGAAGGUACUACUAAUUCUGAUUAUUUAAAACAAUAUUUAGCUCAACUUUUGGCAUCAGCCUUUGAUAAUUUACAAAAGGAACAGUUGGUUAAUUUCUUGAAUGUUUUAACUACUGUUUAUCAUGAUCAAACUAAAUUCAGAGCCACCUUAAGAGAUUUCUUAGUUCAAUUAAAGGAAUUUGGAGGUGAUCCAACUGAUUACUUAUUUGCAGAAGAUAAAGAAAUCGAAAGACAAGAACAGAACAGACUUAAGAGAGAAAAGGAUAUGCAAGUCGGUGGUUUAAUUAAACCUUCUGAACUUGAAGAAGAAGAAUAGGGAGGUCAUUUAUUGGUUUGUUUGGGGUCAAACUUCAUACUGUUUUGAUUUGAUUUGUUUUGAUUUGUUUAGUUUGCUUUUUUGUCACUUUGUUUGUUUGUUUGUUUGUUUG